GAAGCCAGCGAGGGCUGGGAGGGAAGAGCCUGCGGUGGAGAGCCCUCGCUGCCCGCCGUGCGGCCCCAAAGGCGCGUCGCGCGUCGUCCCCGCCGCCCGGCGCGGGGGUGGCUGGGGCGCCGUCCUUCGCCUGGAGCCGCGCCUACGUGCCGGCGCUUUGCCUUGAACGCGCGGCGCGCAACCGCUCCCAUAGGAGGGGGAGGGGCCGAUUCCUUCGCCGCCGCGUUUCCGCCUCGCGGCCGGGCGGGGGAGAGUGCGGGCGUGGCGGGGCGGGGCGGGCCUCGCUCCCGGUGGCGCCCGGCCCGGCCCCUGCAGGGGCACACAACCGUCGCAGAACUCGAGCCGUUGUUGUGCGCGCCGCGCGGGCGGCGUCGAAGAAGCGGAGAAGCCGCGCGCGCGCCUGUGCGACGGCCGCGGCGCCGGUGGCCGGCUCUUUGCGGUAG